CUCUCUAGCAAGGACCAGCAAACAGAGGCCAUGCUGACUACAGUGCUGCUUAGCUGUGUCCUGCUGUUGGCACUGCCUGCCACACAGGGUGCCCAGAUGGGCUUGGCACCCCUGGAGGGCAUCAGAAGGCCUGAACAAGCCCUCUUCCCAGAGUUCCCAGGUCUAGGUCUUCGUGCCCAGGUGAAGAGGAUACCUGCAGAUCAAGCAGAAGAUGCUUUGCUGCAGAAGUCAGAAUCUCUGGCAGAGGUGCUAGACCCACAGAACCGCGAGUCUCGUUCCCCACGUCGCUGCGUAAGGUUGCACGAGUCUUGCCUGGGACAACAAAUACCAUGCUGCGACCCGUGCGCCACGUGCUACUGCCGCUUCUUCAACGCCUUCUGCUACUGCCGCAAGCUGGGCACUGCCACGAACCCCUGCAGCCGCACCUAACCGGCUCGUGGCGCAGGGAGGGGCGGGGUGGGGGGGGAGACGCAAAUAA